AUGUCCGGCGAGCAGCGCUGUUUGCCUCGGCCGCCGCCGGCGCUCGAUUGCUACGAUUGCAGACCCGGCUUCAACGCCGCGGUCCUCCGCGCGGCCGGCAACGAGGACCGCCUCGACUGCCGCUCCUGCCCGUUCCUCGUGGCCGUAGCGCUCACCCACGGCGGCCAUGCUGACCUGACCUCCGCCUGCGUCUACUCGUCUGAGACCGGCGUCUGGGGAGACGUCAUCUCCGUCGCCACGCUAGAGGAAGUUGAGGCCCGACCGACGGCUCUGGUCGGAAACACGCUCUACUGGCCAAUGACCGCCGGUUGCAUCCUUGAAUUUGAUGUGGACAAAUAUAGCUUGGAUGUCAGCGAUCAUGGUACUGGAACAGAGCAAGCAGGAGCGCGCGAGGCCAAGGAUUCGACUCUUGGGCCGGCUACUCGGCCCACUCGCGACCGACAACUUCCCCAGUGGCUUGCAGGCCCGAACUGGGCCCGUUAA